AUGGCUGGUAGUCAUAGGAUGUUGGGUACUGGACCUACCAGAUCACAGUCUUCGACGUCCUCUACUCUCAACUCUGAGUCGCAUCUAUCAGCCACUGAACCGCGCCGUCCAGGUACUGCACGUUCAACGGGGAGAUCUAGCCCAGGAACUAUACAGAAUGUCUCUCAUAUUGGUGGAAUUGAUGCCGGACAAAAUCCCGACAAUCAAUUUGUACUCCACAGUAGUUAUGCAACUGAACAUGGUGUAGCGGUCCUCCAGGACGGCGCAUCAAAAAGUGAAAAGAAUGGAAACGAGCAUGGUCUUGAAACUCUGAGAGACCCCAAGGAGCGGGUGAUUGACUUGGAAAAGGGUGCUCAGCCUGCAUCUAGCAUUGGGAAGUCAAACAGUCCACAGCAGGACUCCAAACUAGUUACAUGGUCUGGUCCUGACGACCCUGACAACCCUAAGAAUUGGCCAACGAAGAAGAAAUGGGGAGCUGUUUUGAUCGUAUCCUGUUUUACGUUUAUCUCCCCGGUAAUGUCGUCCAUGGUUGCACCUGCAUUACAAACCAUGAAAUCCGACUUCAAUAUUGAAGAUGAAGUGACCUCCCAACUCAUGCUGUCCAUUUUCGUCCUGGCUUAUGCAUUUGGCCCGCUAUUCCUUGGGCCCUUAUCCGAGAUCUACGGCAGAGUCAUUGUUUUACAGCUUGCGAAUCUAUUUUUCCUUAUUUUCAACAUCGCCUGUGGCGUAUCUCGAACUACGGCGCAGAUGAUCGUCUUUCGGUUUCUGGCUGGUCUAGGCGGCAGUGCCCCUUUAGCGAUAGGUGGUGGUGUCCUUUCUGACUGCUUCCUACCGGAGGAACGCGGUAAAAGUAUUGCUAUCUAUAGCUUAGCACCUCUCCUCGGCCCAGCUGUUGGUCCGAUUGCUGGCGGCUUCAUCGCAGAAAGAACAACAUGGAGAUGGGUAUUCUACGCCACAUCCAUCGCUGAUGGGGUCAUCCAAGUCAUGGGCCUUUUCUUCUUGCGCGAGACAUAUGCCCCCAAGAUCCUCAGGACACGAGCGAAAAAUCUCCGCAAAGACACAGGAGACACCUCCUAUGAGACCGAAGCUGAGCGACAGAACAAGACUUUACCUGAGGUUCUAAGCACAGCGCUUGUUCGCCCGUUUCGCCUUCUCGCAACACAGCCCAUCGUCCAAGCCCUUGCAAUAUACAUGGCCUACGUGUACGGUAUCUUAUAUUUGAUGUCAUCAACAUUUCCGGCCCUAUGGACCAGCCCAGAGUACUAUAAUGAGUCCACAGGCAUUGGUGGUCUAAACUACAUAUCUCUUGGGAUAGGGUAUUGCCUGGGCUCCCAGAUAUGCGCACGGCUCAAUGACCUCGUGUACCGCCGUCUCAAGGCCCGCAACAGUGGUACAGGAAAGCCGGAAUUUCGUACUCCGCUAUUAUCCAUUGCCGCCAUCCUCAACCCGGUUGGCCUUUUCAUCUACGGAUGGACCGCGCAAACCCGCUGUCACUGGAUUGCCCCAAACAUCGGUGCUAUGCUCCUGGCUAUGGGCAACAUAGUUGCCAUGCAAUGUAUCCAGACCUACAUUGUCGAUGCCUACACACGGUUCGCGGCUAGUGCGAUGGCCGCUGGUUCAUUCUUGCGUUCCAUUGCAGGAUUUGGGUUUCCACUUUUCGCGCCAUACAUGUACCAGGCGUUGCAUUAUGGGUGGGGAAAUAGUUUGUUGGCUUUCAUCUCGAUCGCCAUUGGUAUCCCAGCGCCGAUCUUUUUGUGGAAAUAUGGAGAGACGAUGAGGAAGAUGAGCACCUAUGCUGCGGGUUAA